AUGAAUCAUUCAAUAAAGUAGUCUAUUAACACCUUCGACUGUUCACUACUCAUGUGAAUAAAAAAUUUUUUUCAGUUUUCUUCUAACGCUCAUUAAAAAUGAACGUUAAAUUAAACGAUAGCGUGUGGCAAAAAAUUUUGGUGUACGUACCGGCAAUAAAAUUACUCAGAGUCCGUGAGGUCAGUAAGGAAUUAAAUCGUCAAGUUGAAACAGUAAUAAAAAAUUACGAUGUUUGGAAAAUGAUUUGCUCGGAUGACAAAAUCGCGCCGUGGGUACAUAAAAUAUUAGAAUUAAUUGGCGCGUAUCAAUUGAUACCAGCAAUUGAAGACUUAGAAGCCGAGAUUUGGAAACAAAUAUUUUAUUCAUUCAAAAAGUGGCGGUUUUGUGCCAAUUAUACUAGUGAGAUAGGGGAAUUUUUGAUUAUUGAAUCGACCGAUAAAAGUAUCGUCUCCUGUGACGUUUAUGGUCAUCAUUUAGCUAUAGGUACUACUCAAGGAACAGUAAAUAUUUUUCAUAUAUCAUCAGAUGAAUUCGAACUGAUAUCUGAUUUCAGACAUUAUUCUAUUGCGAUAAAAGAUCUGAAAUUUUGGCACACAGGCGAUUUAUUACUGCUUAUAAUUAUUCAUGACAAUAAUGAUAUGAUUAGUUGGAACGUUGAUAAAAAUGAUCAGUUUUUACUAUCUGAGUCAACAAAUCCAAAAUUUUCUAUGGUCAGACGAGGAACUAGGCACCAGAUUAUUUUAAACGACUCAAAUAAAUUUCAAAAAUCAAAAACAGAAGGUGAUAAAAUAUUAACAAAAUUUUUUAGAAUUAACGUACUCGACGGAGAAAACAAUUCGCAUUCUGUUGAAGAUUUUUGUGACGCAAAUAAUCAAAUAACAAUUCUCGCAUUAUCUGACGAUAAAAUAAUUAUAGAGACAUUCCCUGGAAACAGUAGAGAAGAAUUUAACGUUAAAAAAAAAUUAUAUACAAGUCAAGUGAUAACAUACAUCCCGAUAACAAAUCUAGUGUUCGUUAUUGACGACACAAUUUUGUAUAUAUCAACAAUAAAUGACUUAAACCAAUGGGAAACUAAGGAGCACAUCUUAACAGAAUCAUUUAAAAAAAAUAUAUCGUCCAUUGUAAUGCACUCGAACGUAAUCUUCUUCGGUACAAAAAAUGGUAAAAUUUACAUCUUCCCAACAGUUAGCAUCCAACAGCUACAGAAAUGUCAAUUAUGUUACUUACCCUACAAAAAAUUAACCAUCUGCAAUAAUCCGAUAAUAAAAUUAAAUGUAACUGAAAUCAACGAUGAAAUUUUAAUUGUCGCAGUUACUGCGACCAAAAUAUUUACAAUUAAUUGGUAUAAUUAAUU